AUGCUUAUCAAGAAUCUCUUGUUGAGUGGAUUACUUAUAAACAAGAUCAAAAUAAGUCAAGCAGUAGAUUUAUCAAAUGGUGUUAUCACCAUCAAUAUAGAUGAUGAUUUUGAUGACAGUAGUAUUCAAGAUCAAAUUUUUACAAACAAUGUUGGAAAAGUUAACGUUGGAAGUAGUGUUACGAAAUUAAGAUACUUCUCUGGUAUUGAAAUGAUAAAAACGUUUAAUAUUCAGUCACAAAACGUAAAUAAGAUACCAGAUCACUACUUUUAUGGAUCAAGGAAUAUCGAAACAGUUACAUUUGUCAAUAAUAUUGUGAUUGGCGUUUCAUGUUUUGAACAAUCAACUAUUAAAAAUAUCGAUUUUUCAAAAGUUACAGAAAUACAGUCAAAUGCAUUCAGAUAUUGUUACAAUAUCAAAUCAAUUAACUUAUUACAAUCGAUCACUCUUAAUAUUUAUUCAUUUGCAUAUAGUGAUUUAGAAUCUGUUAUUUUACCGGAUUCAAUUUCACUAGAACCGUUUUGUUUUUAUUCAUGUACAAACUUAACAUCAAUUGAGUUUAAAGGUAGUUGUACUAUUGGUCAUUAUGCAUUUGCUGAUUGUUUCAAAUUGUCAAAUGUUACUCCAAGUCUUGAAUCAAUUGAAUCAUUCGGAUCAUUUUCAUUCCGAGGAUGUUCAAUAAAGAAUGUUAGACUUGGUCAAUGUGAAUUAAAUAUCGGAGUUUUCCAAAAUUCGAAGAUUGAAACAGUUGAUGCUAUUGACAUCAAAUUCACAUCUAAAGAAUUUAGAGGAUGUCGAAAGCUUCGAUACGUAAAUAUAUCAGGAAAAUUCAUUACUAGUACUGAUAAUAGAUAUGAUCGUCCUCCUGAAUAUUUUGAAUAUUAUGCACUAAAUGAAAUGGAUGAUAUAUUACGCAGUUAUCAUACUAUUUAUCAAGCUUUUGGAAACUAUGAAUUCCAACAUGCUUUAUUAUUUGAAGAUUGCAUUUCAUUGGAAGUUUUCAAAGCAAAUAACAUGCCGGAAGUGAUAGAUUCAUGUUUCAGAAAUUGUUUGAAGCUCAAAGAGAUUUCAAUAAAUGCGCAUAUUCUCAGUCCAUGGGCAUUCAUGAAUUGUGUUUCUUUGGAAUCAAUCAAUAUAGCAAGCGUUGAUUCAAUUGGAGAUGGAUGUUUUGGAUGA